UCUCUUGGAUAAAAAAAGGCUAACGGGUUUGUUCUACUUCUAAACCCUAAUUUUGCGUUGCUCUCUCUGCAUCUGGUCACUGAGUCGCUUCUCUCCUCCGCCGUCAAUCAUUCAUUCUCUCACCGGAACAUGGCGGAAUACGAUCUGACACCGCGGAUGGCGCCGAAUCUGGACCGGCACUUGGUGUUCCCACUGUUGGAGUUCCUUCAAGAGAGACAGCUUUACAACGACGACCACAUCCUCAAGGCGAAGAUCGAGCUUCUCAACAACACCAACAUGGUCGACUACGCCAUGGACAUCCACAAGAGCCUCUACCACACUGAAGACGUGCCUCAAGAUAUGGUUGAACGCCGUGUCGAUGUCGUCUCCCGCCUGAAGUCGCUCGAGGAGGCCGCCGCCCCCCUCGUCGCGUUCCUCCAGAACGCUGCCGCUGUUCAGGAACUUAGGGCUGACAAACAGUAUAAUCUUCAGAUGCUCAAUGAACGAUACCAGAUCGGUCCUGCACAGAUAGAGGCAUUGUACCAAUAUGCCAAAUUUCAGUUUGAGUGUGGAAAUUACUCUGGUGCUGCUGACUAUCUUUAUCAGUACAGAGCUUUGUGCACUAAUAGUGAAAGGAGUCUAAGUGCAUUGUGGGGAAAGCUGGCAGCUGAAAUACUGAUGCAGAACUGGGACAUUGCUCUUGAAGAGCUCAAUCGGUUGAAGGAAAUCAUUGACUCUAAGAAUUUCGCAUCACCUUUGAAUCAGGUGCAGAGCAGAAUAUGGUUGAUGCAUUGGAGUCUGUUCAUCUUUUUCAACCAUGACAAUGGAAGAACACAGAUUAUUGAUCUGUUUAAUCAGGACAAGUAUCUUAAUGCCAUCCAAACUAGUGCUCCACACCUUUUACGAUACUUGGCCACAGCAUUUAUUGUCAACAAGCGCAGGAGGCCUCAAUUCAAAGAUUUCAUUAAAGUUAUUCAACAAGAGCAACAUUCUUAUAAGGAUCCCAUUACUGAGUUUUUGGCUUGUGUUUAUGUCAACUAUGACUUUGAUGGGGCACAAAAGAAGAUGAGGGAGUGUGAAGAAGUGAUUCUCAAUGAUCCCUUCCUUGGUAAACGGGUUGAAGAGAGCAACUUCUCGACUGUACCAUUAAGGGAUGAGUUCCUUGAAAAUGCUAGGCUAUUUAUUUUUGAGACAUACUGUAGAAUACACCAACGCAUUGACAUGGGAGUUCUUGCUGAGAAGUUAAAUUUGAAUUAUGAGGAGGCUGAGAGAUGGAUUGUGAAUCUGAUCCGUAACUCAAAGCUUGAUGCCAAAAUUGACUCUCAAACUGGAACUGUUAUCAUGGAACCCACCCAUCCAAACGUGUAUGAGCAGCUGAUAGACCAUACCAAGGCCCUUAACGGGCGCACUUACAAGUUGGUCAGUCAACUUUUGGAACAUGCACAAGGACAAGCUGCCCGGUAACUGACUUUCUAGGAAGACUGAGGAGAGCUUUUGUUUUUCUUUUCCCCUGCGUUGAUAUUUGUUUAUUUAAAAAUUACAUUGCAAAAUUAUGUUAGAUCUCUUAUUUUUAGUGUUGAUGCAGACAUGUAAUAUUGUUAAAUUACCAUUUUGCUUAAUGUCUGCCAUAAAUUUCUUCACUGCUGAAACAUGGAUACAUUUGCCAUUUGGCAUCAAUUUGGUAACUCUUAUUUCUUUUGUUUUUGCCAA